GAAAAUCCUCCAUACAAGUGACCAUUAGUAACCUUUGCUGAACUCUCGCGAUAACUCGAGGCGGAAGUUAUCAGGCGAAGUCAACGAGAGGCGCUCAUGUUGUGCUGACAGCAGCGAUGGGAGGAUAACGAAGACUUUCUUUUUUUUUUACACCAAGCAUCGAAAAGGAGUUUGUAAUGUUUAGUUUUUAGAUAUCAAAGCGUCGCUUUUAAGCGUCUUUCAUGUUCUUUUAUCCACGUUGUUUGCUUGAAGUCUUGCAGCUGGCGAAUCGCAUCAGUUGACCCGGAGGGUUUCUCGUCAGCAACGACGACACCCUCGGCUCCAUUCACGUCACCUCGGAAAAAAAAUGACCGGAGAGAAGAUACGAUCCUUGCGGAAGGACCACGGACUGAGUCAGGACGAUGACUUACUGGAACCCGACGAAGAGGAGGCUACCGCCGGGACGUUCGCGGCUUCCAAGACGAAGAGCAGGGCGAGUCGAAUCUUUAGCAAUCACAAGUUGGUCAAGUCGACAUCGCAGCAGAACCAACACGUCAAUGCAAACACGCUGUCAACAUGUGACGUCAUUGAUGACAACAACAAAAACCCCAUCGUCCGUAAUGGACAAGACUUCCCGGUCCAUGAAUGUGUCUUCAAAGGAGAUGUACGACGCCUUUCAUCACUGAUCCGGACCCAAAACAUAGCCCAAAAAGACAUUCAUGGAAACACCCCGCUCCAUCUGGCUGUCAUGAUGGGCCACAAAGAAUGUGCCCAUCUGCUGCUGGCCCACAAUGCACCUGUGAAGGUGAAGAAUGCUCAGGGAUGGAGCCCCCUGGCUGAGGCCAUCAGUUACGGAGACCGACAAAUGAUAACGGCGCUGCUGAGGAAAUUAAAGCAACAGUCCAGGGAGAGCGUGGAGGAGAAGAGGCCAAAGUUGCUAACCGCACUGAAAGAGCUUGGAGACUUUUACUUGGAGCUUCACUGGGACUUCCAGAGUUGGGUGCCUCUGCUCUCCAGAAUCCUGCCUUCUGAUGCCUGCAAGAUCUACAAGCAAGGACUCAACAUCAGAUUGGACACCACCCUGAUCGACUUCACCGAUAUGAAGUGUCAGCGCGGCGACCUGAGUUUCAUCUUCAACGGCAACGCCAUCCCGUCGGAGUCUUUCGUGGUGCUGGACAACGAGCAGAAGGUCUACCAGCGGAUCCACCACGAGGAGUCUGAGAUGGAGACGGAGGAGGAAGUGGACAUCCUGAUGAGCAGCGACGUGUACUCAGCCACGCUCUCCACCAAGUCCAUCACCUUCUCCAGGGCGCAGAGCGGCUGGCUCUUCAGAGAAGACAAGACGGAACGCGUUGGAAACUUCCUGGCAGAUUUCUACUCGGUCAACGGCCUGGUGCUGGAGUCCAGGAAGAGACGGGAGCAUCUCAGCGAGGAGGACAUCUUGAGGAACAAAGCCAUCAUGGAGAGUCUGAGCAAAGGAGGGAACCUCAUAGAUCAAAACUUUGAGCCUGUAAGGAGACAAUCUCUGACUCCGCCUUCCCCCAACAUCGCAUCCUGGGAAGAAUACAUCACCGCUGACCACGGAAAAGCUCCUCAUCUGGGUCGGGAGUUGGUGUGCAAAGAGAGCAAGAAAAACUUCAAGGCCACCAUCGCCAUGAGCCAGGACUUCCCUCUCGGCAUCGAGUCGCUGUUGAACGUUCUGGAGGUGAUCGCACCCUUCAAGCACUUUAAUAAACUCAGGGAGUUUGUACAGAUGAAACUCCCACCCGGUUUUCCUGUCAAACUUGAUAUUCCCGUCUUUCCGACCAUCACAGCCACCGUGACUUUCCAGGAGUUUCGCCACGACGAGUUUGAGGAAUCCAUGUUUAGCGUCCCCGGCGACUACAAGGAGGACCCCAGCCGCUUCCCUGACCUUUAACCCCCUAACCGCACGGCAAAGAUAGGAGCCGUUCCCGGAAAGCCGUUACCUCCAACGGAUCGACGUGAGGCAGCUUAAGCGACGGCUAGUUGGCGCCCUCUGCUGGACGAUGCCGAGGAUGUACUACAUGCAGAAAGCCUCGUUUCCAGGUAAAUGAAAGCUUCGGGGAAGACAAAAGCACAGUUUUGUCUUGUGGUACCACGCCUCCGCAUUUGGGGCGCCAAAGGGAACAACGGGACCGGCGCCACUGCUUGGUGGCAUCACGCCUUUUAGUCACGUUUGGGAAGACAAAACACUGAUCUUACUUAUGUAAGAUGUAUGUAUGUAUGUACGUAUGUAUGUAUACAUUUACACAGUUCCUAACAUGCACUCUACACACUUUUUUAAAACAAGUCACUGUACUUCCUUCUUGGAUUUUACUUCAUAUUUUAAAACUUUUUAACAUCCCCUCAGAUUUUCCCCUCAGUGAUCCACCUCAAAUGUCAAAAGGUUCCUCCAUAAAUGCCGGGGAUUUUCAUGGUUCCUAAACGCUCCACGUAAAAUGUUGAAAGGUUCCGCGUUAAAUGCUGCAGAUUUUCACGGGUUUCCUAAAUGCACCACUUAAAAUGUCUAAAGGUUCUGUGAUAAAUGCUGCCAUUUUUCACGAGUUCCUAAAUGCACCACCUAAAAUGUUGAAAGGUUCCGCGUUAAAUGCUGCAGUUUUUCAAGAGUUCCUAAAUGCACCACCUAAAAUGUCAAAACAUUCUGCGAUAAACGCUAACAUUUUUGACGUGUUCCUAAAUGCACCACCUAAAAUGUUCUGCGAUAAACGCUACCAUUUUUCACGAGUUCCUAAAUGCACCACCUAAAAUGUUGAAAGGUUCCGCGUUAAAUGCUGCAGUUUUUCAAGAGUUCCUAAAUGCACCACCUAAAAUGUCAAAACAUUCUGCGAUAAACGCUAACAUUUUUGACGUGUUCCUAAAUGCACCACCUAAAAUGUCAAAACGUUCUGCGAUAAACGCUACAAUUUUUCAUGAGUACCUAAAUGCACCACAUAAAAUGUUGAAAGGUUCCGCAUUAAAUGCUGCAGAUUUUCACGAGUUCCUAAAUGCACCACUUAAAAUGUCAAAACAUGCUUCGAUAAAGGCUGCCAUUUUUGACUUGUUCCUAAAUGCACCAUCUAAAAUGUUCCGCGUUAAAUGCUGCAGAUUUUCACAAGUUCCUAAAUGCACCACCUAAAAUGUCUAAAGGUUCUGUGAAAAACGCUGCCGUUUUUCACGUGUUCCUAAAUGCACCACAUAAAAUGUUGGAAGGUUCCCCGUUAAAUGCUGCAGAUUUUCAUGGGGUUCCUAAAUGCACCACCUGAAAUGUCUCAAGGUUCUGCGAUAAAUGCUGCCAUUUUUCACAGGUUCUUAAAUGCACCACAUAAAAUAUUGAAAGGUUCCGUGUUAAAUGCUGCAGAUUUUCAUGGGUUCCUAAAUGCACCACCUGAAAUGUCAAAACAUUCUGCGAUAAAUGCUACCAUUUUUGACGUGUUCCUAAAUGCACCACCUAAAUGUCAAAACAUUCUGCGAUAAACGCUGCCAUUUUUGACGUGUUCCCAAAUGCACCACCUAAAAUGUGGAAAGGUUCUGCGAUAAAUGCUACCAUUUUUCACAGGUUCCUAAAUGCACCAUCUAAAAUGUCAAAACGUUCUGCGAUAAACGCUGACAUUUUUGACGUGUUCCUAAAUGCACCACAUAAAAUGUCUAAAGGUUCUGCGAUAAACACUGCCAUUUUUCACGGAUCCCUAAAUGCACCACCUAAAAUGUCUAAAGGUUCCAUGUUAAAUGCUGCAAAUUUUCACGGGUUCCUAAAUCCACCACAUAAAAUGUUGAAAGGUUCCAUGUUAAAUGUUGCAGAUUUUCAUGGGUUCCUAAAUGCACCACCUAAAAUGUCUAAAGAUUCUGCGAUAAAUGCUGCCAUUUUUAACAGGUUCCCAAAUGCACCACCUAAAAUGUCUAAAGGCUCUGCGAUAAACGCCUGCCAUUUUUCAGAGGUUCCUGAAUGCACCACCUAAAAUGCCUAAAGGUUUUGCGAUAAAGGCUGCCAUUUUUCACGAGUUCCUAAAUGCACCACAUAAAAUAUUGAAAGGUUCCACGUUAAAUGCUGCAGAUUUUCAUGAGUUCCUAAAUGCACCACCUAAAAUGUCAUCACAUUCUGCGAUAAACGUGGACAUUUUUGACAGGUUCCUAAAUGCACCACCUAAAAUGUUGAAAGGUUCUGCGUUAAAUGCUGCAGAUUUUUACGGGUUUCCUAAAUGCACCACCUAAAAUGUCAAAACAUUCUGCAAUAAACGCUAACAUUUUUGACGUGUUUCUAAAUGCACCACCUAAAAUCUCAUCACAUUCUGCGAUAAACGUGGACAUUUUUGACGGGUUCCUAAAUGCACCACCUAAAAUGUCUAAAGGCUCUGCGAUAAACUCUGCCAUUUUUGACGGGUUCCUAAAUGCACCACCUAAAAUGUCAAAACAUUCUGCGAUAAAUGCUACCAUUUUUGACGUGUUCCUAAAUGCACCACAUCAAAUGUUGAAAGGCUCCGCGUUAAAUGCUUCAGAUUUUCAUGGCUUCCUAAAUGCACCACCUAAAAUGUUGAAGCGUUCUGCGAUAAACACUGCCAUUUUUGACGUGUUCCUAAAUGCACCACAUAAAAUGUCUAAAGGCUCUGCGAUAAACGCUGCCAUUUUUCACGGGUUCCGAAAUGCACCACCUAAAAUGUUAUAAGGUUCCGCGUUAAAUGCUACAGAUUUCCACGGUGCCACGUUGCUAAGUUCGGAUAAACCUUGUUGUUUGUGGCGUAACCUCGUGUAAACGGCAAAGCCGGGAGAGUAUGUUCCAAAGUGCGAUCCCGGCCAGGUCACAGGUCAUUUUUUAAUUGGACAUUAAUACAAAUUAAACCAAAAAAAGAGAAAAGGCUGAAUUGUUUAUACUAAUAAGAUUUUUGUUUUCUUUUUAGAAAAAUAAAAUAAAUAUGGAAAAUUAUGGGGAAAAAAGUGUUGUAAGGAAUGAAUGACUAUCACUCUUAUUUUUGACAGAAACAAAAGGCUUUUGUUUCACAUGCACUACAUGUUUUUCUGAAUGGCUUUUCCCUCCCAGUGUGGGGGGGGGAUGUACUCAUGUUUUCAUUUCAUGCUGUCACAUGACUUGAUCCAACAACAUACUGGAUUGUAAACACGGUGGAAGUUGCUAUUUUUGUAUAUAGACCUGUGUUUUUCAAGGAAAAUAUAUCUCUUCUGGUAUUUUC